GCCAUAAUAAAUUAUUUAUUUGUAUAAUACCACAGAACAGAUCUAAACAGCUAAAAUAGAAAAGCAAACUAACAAUUAUGCAACCACAAGAUCAGUCUAUACCACUGUUGGCGGAUUUCAAAGCUGGUGCCCGUGUGGGAUAUUGCUGGUGGGGAUGCUGUGCCUUCACUGUUCUAGCGGUGGUCGUGUUGUCGUGCAUUCCAAUGCUCGUAGGAUCUGCCUUAUUGUGGAGCAAGAUAACUCCAGAGUUCUUUGAGAUUGCUAGAAGUUACAAUGACGUGGUUUGUAUCGGUUGUGUGAGUGUAUUUACGAUCAUCGUAGCUGUCUUACUAGUUGUAAGUACGAUAAUGAUUUUUGUUAUUCCGGUAGUGUGCAUUCUUGGAGAAAGGCCAAGUCAUCCUGGAGCUGCUUUUGCCUGUUUUUGUGUUGUUUUAUUGACUGCGGGGAUUAUUCUCAUUGUCUCAGGACCAGUUUGGUUUGCAUCAAAUAUGAAUAUUGUGGAAAACUACGAAGAAAGCAGUCGAUACACAUUCCAAAAACAGAUUUUAAACAUGACUACUAAAUUGACCUGGGAUAAGUAUCAAGCAAAAUUCAAAUGCUGUGGCUAUCGAGGAUACAAAGAUUAUGAAGGUCUAUUUUGGAACAAAUCCGUCUCUGUAUCUUGUUGCAACACUACAACACUACCUUCACCGCUUGAUUGUUUGAGUGCUGUCAAAAAUGUAACUGAGCGAGAGAUAAACUCAUCCAAUAUUUACACUGAUGGUUGCCCCGUGACAAUUGUUCACCUACUAAAUUUGAACUCUUCUUCGGUGGUCAAAAUUGGUAUAGCUUCUUUGGUGUUUUCCAGUUUCUUCUUUAUUUCCCCUCUAGUGAUGAUUCUGCUCACGUUUGCGCUCACUGCUAAGGAUAAAGACGAUGCGAUUACAAUAGAAACUGGGUUACUGAUUGGUGUGGCUUGUAUUCUGGGUGUGUGUUGUGUAUUGGGUAAAGCAAACAGUGACUAAGAAUGAACUGGCUCUUCUUAUAUAACUCAGUAGAUCUAUAGGUGUUAGCAGUUAUUUUUGCUGAUUGUUAUUUCACUAUAAUACAUCAUCACUACUAAAUCCCCAUGCAAUGGAGAACGAGUGUGCCCUAUAUAGAGGUUCCCCAUAAAACCUUAGGAAAACAACAUGAAUGCUAGAGUAUGUAUGCGCAUGCUUUUUUUUAUCCUUGCCUGUC